CCGGGCAGCUCACCUUCUCCACCUCCUACCAUCUCUCGCUCUUUCCUCUCCCAUAACGCCCCCCCCCCCUCAAACACGUUUUGCCUCUUCCGAGUCGGGAGAACGAAGACAAGCAUGCCAAGCCCCACCUUCGAGCAUGAGCGCGACGCGCUGGUCGCCGAACUCGCCGCCCUCCUCGUUCAGACAUCAGAGAAGAUGGACGCCGUGACCGGAGCCCUGCGGAGACACAACAACCGGUCGGCCAGCUCGACGGCCUCCUUCUCGCACCGGUGGCUGGACUUUGUGGCCGGCGAGGGGACCGUCCCAACCGAGGAGGCUGACCGGGUGGCCGCCGUGACGGCGCUCAAGGCCCUGCUUGACCAGAACCCCGGCGGGCGUGGCGACGAGUACAAUUGACCGAUGGCCCCGCUUCGAAUACUCCACCUCCCUCCCCCCCUCUGGGGCUGUUUGUCCUUCCCUUUCUUCAAUGUGCAUUGCGGGCCGGCGGGCGGCCAUGUAUCGCGGCGGGCCAGCGGCAAGACCACCGCACACGCCGGGGGUGGGGGAGGAAAUCGCGAGUGCGCGGACCUCCCUGCCUCCCCCCGGCCCUGGGCCGUGCCUGGCUACACCGGCUCCGGCGGCGGCCCAGACAUCAACUGGCUGUUGAUGGCAUUCAACUGGUCGUGGAUCUCCUGCACCCGGCGAGCGAGGCCGGCCUCGUCGGUCGGCAGGUCGGCCGGCCAGUCGGCCGGGGCCAAGUCCAGGCGGGAGGACGGCACCCCGGCCGGGGCCAAGUCCAUACGGGAGGACGGUACCCCGGCCAGGGCCAACUCCUCGCCACUGUCGAUGCCCUCGCGCGAGGAGGACAGCCCGGUGAAGGAGUCCGACACCGAGGACAGGAAGAGGAACUCCAUGUCGCUGUCCUGGGCCGGGUCCUCGCGAUCUGGGCCCUCGGGGAUGGGCGCCAGCCGCGGCGACCCGAUGAUGGCGGCCUCUUGGCGCCGGGGGCCGAUCGCCGGCGGGGGCUUUCCACGUGUGCACGCGCGCGUGUCACAGAGCAGCAAGUCAAUAUACGCCUGCGCAGGUGGCGCCAGCCGAAGGGCAAACCCGCAACAUGGACA